CUUCUGACCCCUUCCCUCCUUCAGGCAUGAACCCGGCCCACACUAUUGUGCUGCUGUGGGCAUGGGGGAGUCUCCAGGCCUUUGAAAUUGUGGAGAAGGAGAACAUUUUUCUGAGGACCCCGUGCCCUUCUUUCCUGACGUUCGACAAUGCAGCCUACCUGGCCGACAUGAGCUUCGAGCUGCCCUGCCACUGUAAGCCCGAGGAGGUGUCUGCUGUAGUGUGGUACUAUCAGGAGUCUAUCAGUAGCAGCCACACCAAAGUGCUCACGGACUUUGAUGGACGUUUGCUGACAGAGGCAUCCCAGGUACGGGCGGGCAGUGACCUGCUGGUCCGCUUCAGCAUUCGCAUGUUCAGCCUGUUGGUUUUCCGGGCCCAGCCCGAGGACUCAGGUUUGUAUUUCUGUGGCACUCGCAAGGGGGACUACUUUUAUGCCUACGAUGUGGACAUCCAGAGUAGUAAGGGAAUGGUGGCCACCUUCAAGGACCUGGGCCAAGAGCCCUUUGUCGACGAGUACCGUGGGAAACUCCAUGUCUUCACCACCUUCUGGGAGUGGACCCCCUGUGACCGCUGCGGGGUGCGUGGGGAGCAGUGGCGCAUUGGCCUCUGCUAUCUGCAGAGUCCAGACCUCUCCCCACGCUACCACAAAACCCUUGAGGACGUGGUGUCCUGUGGUUCACAGGCUGCGCCAAAAGACCUUCAGGCCAAGGCCAGAGACCACACACCCGAGCUGCAGAUUCAGAGCUGCAUGGUACCCUGUAAGAAUAAGAGCAUGACCUUGAACAGCGUGAUGUCCAUUGUAAACUAUGUGUCCAAAGUGGGCAAACGGCCCUGGGUGCCCCAGGUGCCCAUUCAGUACCACCAACAGAAGCCGGGUCACAGACUCAUCAUCUCCUGUCCUGGGGCCCGGCCCGAACAUGCUGUGGCUUGGGACAAGGACCGCAAGCGCUUCUAUCGCACAAGGUACCUGCAGGGUGUCAAUAGGUCCAUGAGGGUAUUCAUCGACUAUGGCAACCAUCUCCACAUCCGCUUUACGCAGCUCGACGACAGGGGCAUCUAUUAUUGCUGGCGGCAGGGAGAGCGGGUCGCUGGGUUCCGACUGGGAGUGACAUCUCAAGGGCGCUACAAGGUCUCACUCUCGGACCCCGAGGUCCGCUCCGCCUUGGAGCUCACCCUGAUCGGGUACCUGCUCAUCACUGCAGUCUUUGUCAUCUUUCACCUUUGUCGCUGCUGCUGUUACUUAUUUCGCUUUUGUCCCAACUUCUCUCCCUAGGCUCUCUUCCCUUUCUCUGAAGACCAGUUGUGCUCAAGUGUGUUUGUUCAGGAUGGUGGGCCUCCCGAACUAGAACAUGUGGCAAGGGGGUGUGGACAAAUUUGUUAGUUACGACCUGCUCCCCAUUUUCAUGGACACUGAUCUGGGAAGUGGGGAGGCCUGAGGCAGGUGGGAGAUGGGGACUGAGGCUAUGAUGGAGUAGCCAAGGCGCACAUGUCUUCUGACUUCAUCAGAUGAGAGAAUUCGGAAGAAGGGAACCUAAUAUUUAUUAAAUGGCCUAUUUGGUAUUGAA